AUGGGCGACGAAUGGGAAAAGCUCCGAGCAAUGCUCCCCAUGUCGUUUGGAGGCAAGAAGGCAGGUCCGCCCUCGUCCUCGGUCAAGCCCGAGGCGCCGCUCUCGAAACGAGACCAGCUCAAAUCCAGCGAAGAGACCAGCAGGCUUCUGGACCCGAUGAAUCCAGCCAAAGCCAACCAGCAGUUCCGAUCGAGCGCCAAGGACAAAGGACGCCCGGAGACUAGAUCUCUGGAUAGCUCGAUCAGCCGAUUGGCUGGCGAUGCAGAUGGAGGCGACGAUGUUAUCGGACCCAUGCCCGCCAGUGACGACGGCCAAGAGGAGGAAGUGAGUGCCAACGCUUCGUUGAAUUCCAAAGGCCAGGUACGCCAGGACAAUGCCGAAAACGACGACGACGACGACGACAAAGAUGAUGAUGGUGAUGAUGACGACGACAACAGCGAUGAUGCCGAGGCCGACGCUGGGCCUCGGCCGCUCGUGCCAAUAUCCAGCCACAUCGCCCUCAAGAGUCACUCCAGACCUGUGACAUCCAUAUCGCUGGAUCCAGCUGGGUCGCGGCUGAUUACGGGCGGGCGGGACUGCUGCGUCAAGUUCUGGGACUUUAACGGCAUGGACAGCAACUUCCGCCCCUUCCGAUCGAUCGAACCGUGCGGCGGCAAUCCGAUUCGCGAUCUCCAAUUCAGCGUUUCUGGCGACUCGUUCCUGGUUGCCUCAUCGGCACCGCAAGUCAAGCUCUACGACCGCGAUGGCAGCGAGCUCUCUGAAUAUGUCAAAGGCGACCCAUACCUCCGUGAUCUUCGAAACACAAAGGGCCACAUAGCGGGCCUGAGCUGUUGUCGAUGGCAUCCCUACGAGAAGGCCUAUUUCCUGACGGCAUCGCUGGACAGCACCAUUCGGAUCUGGGACGUGGAAAACAAGAGGCAGCAAAAGUGUGUCAUCGUUGUGCGUUCCAAACAGCCUGGCGGCCGGACGCCCGUCACCGCGGCAGCAUACAGCUACGACGGCAAGCUCAUCGCUGGAGCCGGUGAAGACGGAUUCCUCCGUCUCUGGAACAACAACGGGAGCUUUUUGAAGUCAACACACGAAGUCGCCGCGCACACGCCGGGCAGCGCAACGAGCUGCAUCAACUUCUCGCCCGAUUCCCGGAACCUGCUCACGCGUGCAAUGGACGACACAAUCAAGCUCUGGGAUCUCCGGAAGAUGAGCGCUCCAGUGGCCGGUAUCGCUGGCAUCGUCAACUACUUUGAAGAGUCCAACGCCAUCUUUUCGCCGGACGACGGCAUCAUCCUGGCGGGCCUAUCCGCCAAGAAGAACGAGGGCGAGGCCAAGGUGCUGGGCCUCAACCGACAGACCCUGAACGUCGAGUUUUCGAUCCCGUGCGGAACCGGCAGCAUCCUGAGCGUGCAGUGGCAUUCGCGCAUCAACCAGCUCCUCACGGGGUCAAGCAACGGCGAAGUCCGAGUAUUCUACGAUGAGACGCACAGCACCCGGGGCGCCAAGAUGUGUGCCAACCGCAAGGCAAAGAGCAGAUCUGUCGAGGAUGCCGCGAUUGCAAUCGAUCCAAACGUCACCAUCUACAACCCGAAUUCCUUGGCCAUGUUCCGGGAAGAUGAGCAACGCAUGACGAAGCGAAAGCGUGAGAGGAUGCUCAAGGACCCUGUUCUGACUCGCAAGCCUGAGCGUCCGUUGACGGGUCCUGGGCAUGGUGGAAAGCUCGGCACAAAUGCCACACAGUAUAUCAUGAAGGGCAUCAUGAAGGACACAACCCGAGAUGAGGACCCGCGUGAGGCGAUCCUGAAAUAUGCCGAGGUUGCCGAGAAGAAUCCAAUGUGGGUUUCCCAAGCCUAUCAGAAGACCCAACCGGUGGCCAAGUUUGCCGAGUCGGUCUACGAAGACGAAGAUGAGGAGCAACGCGACCAGCUCAAGAAGCGUCGCCCUUGA